UCCCCUCAGGGAAUUUUCAGUUUGUUUGCUGAGUUGAGUUUGUUCAGACUUGUGCUCUCUGGAAAUAAUCCAAACCAUUAAACUAUCUCGCAGCAUUUGGGAUCCUGAAGUGAACAGUCCAGUUUCCCAGCAGAUGUUGAUCAACACGGACUGUUUUCAGUUUGUAGAACCCCGCCUGUAUCGAGUCGGUUCUGGUGGUUCUGAGAGGAAAACCGCCUCCUGGUUCUUCAUCCUGCAGCAGAGAGACGAGCGAGUUCGGUGGAGAUCCAGAGCUGAGUGGACGUGAAUCCACCAUGGAUCAGUGUAAAGACAAAGACACAAAGAGAUUUUUGCUGUUUAAAGACAAAAAUAUGAAGACCAAAGCACUCAGUAUAAAAAAGCCUUCGAUAAAGCUCUCAACUGAUCCGGGCCUGGAGUCCUCCAACCAGAGGUCAACAUGCCUGACCUGGUGCUGGCCCAGCCGCACUCCAAGACCAGACCGUGUCGAGUCUGAAUGUGUUCUGGAACAGAAACCCGAGACUAAAAGUGAAGCUAAAGAUAAAACCAAAUCUGCUGUCAAGACGACGAGUCCUAAGAUGAAAAUCAACAAGAUGUCCAAGGAACAGGAGGAGUGCUGGGCCUCCAUUUGUCCACCUGGAGACAAGGACGCUGAAGCCAAGGUUUGGCUGAAGGAGUCUUUGGAGAAGCUGGGCGACAGGGAGUUGAAGUACUUCCACAAGGGUCUGCGGACCAUGGACAAGUCCAAGGACGGCUUCAAGCCCAUAAAGCAGAUCCGACUGCAGGGUGCAGACAGACUGGACACGGCAGAGCUGAUGAUUCAGACGUACCCAAAGAAGAUCAGAGUGGUGACCGAGAAGGUCCUGGAGAAAAUCAACACAAACAAAGGAAAUGAGGUUCACAAUCGAGUUCUGGACUCUCUGGACAAUCUGAAUGACAAACAGCUGAAGUACUUCCACUGGUUCCUCCAAACGGCAGAUGAGUCCAAGGACGGCUUCAAACCCAUCAAGAAGAAAGACCUGGAGGAUGCAGACAGACUGGACACAUCGGAUCUGAUGGUUCAGACGUACGCCACAAACACCAAGGAGGUCACAGAGAAGAUCCUGAAGAAAAUCAAGAACAACAAAGGCAAAGACAUACCAGAAGCUGAAGAGCAGAUGAAGCCGUCUUCUCCAGCUGAAGCAGAAAAGAAAAAAGUCUACAAGGUUCUGGAGGAGUUUGUUAAGAAAGCCCCAAAUGAAACCCUGACCCGGCUGUCAGAGGCUCUAGCAGCGGACGGUGUGUUGAAGUCCUCUGAGAAGCAACAGAUCCUGGAGAAGAACCACACCAGAGGAAACAGAGCGAGCUGCCUUGCUGACACAGUGAUGGAUAAAGGAACUGCUGCCUGGAAGAAGAUGAUCCACCACCUUCAGGCUGUUGAUGCUCCACUGUCCUCCAAGCUGGGCUUGUCCUCUGGUCCAAUUGUUCAGCAAGGUCCAGUUAUCGCCAUCCAUGCCCCAGAUGGCUGCUCAACAGAACCCAAUCCAGAACCAGAAUCUGAGCCUGGUGGCGUUAAACGUCUGCUAGGUUUAAUGCCUUUUAAAGGAUCCACGACUAAUCUAACUGAUUUAAUUUCUUUAAAAGGCUCUUCAACCAAUCUAAAAGUUGAAGACAGUAAAGACGACAGCUGGCAGCAGAUCUGCCCAGAAGGGGACAGCGAUGCUGACAUCAAGCAGUGGUUGAAGGAGCAUCUGGAAGAUCUAGACAGCAGGGAGAUGAAGUACUUCCACUGGUUCCUGCAAACCGCGGACAAGUCCAAGGACGGCUUCAAGCCGAUCAAGAAGAGUCGCCUGGAGCACGCAAACAGACUGGACACGGUGGACCUGAUGGUUCAGACAUACACCAACACCACCAAGACAGUGGCAGAGAAGAUUUUCAAGAAGAUCAAUAAAAAUAAAGGAGAUGGUUGUAAAGAUUGGCUUCUGGAUAUUUUGGAAGAGUUGGAUGACAGGGAGAUGAAGUACCUCCACUGGUACCUUCAAGCUGGAGACAAGUCCAAGGACGGCUUCAAACCGAUCAAGAAGAGCCACCUGGAGGGCGCAGACCGGCUGGACACGGUGGACCUGAUGGUUCAGACCUAUGCCACUAAAACCAGGGAGGUCACCAGGAAGAUUUUAGAGAAGAUUGAGAAAAAUAAAGAGACUGUUGUUCCUGAAAUUGAAGAACAGAGUACUCCAUCUUCUAAAGCUGCUGCAGAAGAGAAAGUGCUCACCAGGAUGCUCAAUGACUUUGUGGAGAAAGUACCAAAAGAAACAUUAUCACAACUCAUGGAGGCUCUCAUGACUGCAAACACCCUGAAGUCUUCAGAGAAGGAGACAAUCCUUCAGAACCACACCAGAGUCAACAUGGCCAGCUGCUUCGUUGACAUUGUGAUGGAGAAGGGAACCGACGCCUCCAAGGAGCUGAUAAACCGUCUUCAAACCAUCAACCCUCACCUGUCCUCUGAGCUGUGCUCACCGUCUACCCCAGAUAACAAGGUCAAGAAAAGUCUCUUCAGUGGUAUAAUGUUGAAAAGGUUGAUAUCCGAGGAACAGGAGAAAUCCUGGCAACAGAUUUGUCCUCCAUGGGACACAGACGCUGAGUUGAAGCAUUGGUUGAAGGACUUGCUGGAAAAUUUAAGGAACAAGGAGGUGAAGUAUUUCCGCUGGUACCUGCGGACCGCAGAUGAGUCCAAAGACGGCUUCAAACCAAUCAGAAGGUGCCGCCUGAAGUAUGCAGACAGACUGGACAUACUGGACCUGCUGCUGCAGAUGUACCCUGAGAAGGUCAAACUGGUCACAGAGAAGAUCCUGCAGAAGAUCAGCAGCAAUAAAGCACAGCACUGGAUUCUGGACUUUUUCGAAGAUUUGGGCGACAAAGAGCUGAAGUACUGCCAGAUGUUGCUGCAGAGCACCGACAAGCUAAAGGGCGGCAUCAAAUCCCUGAAAAGAGCUCCUGUAGAGGACGGAGGGAAGGUGGACGCAGCAGAAGUGAUGAUGAAGAUGUACAGCUCCGAUACCAGAGAGGAAGUCGAGAAAGUUCUGAAUGAGCUCAAAGACAGUACAGAUGAUGUUUUAUCUGAUGAUGAGCAGCCGAGUAAUCCAUCUUCUCCAAAUGCUGCAGCAGAAAAAGGAACGAAGAACAUGCUCCUUGACUUCAUCAAGAAGGUGUCCAAGGAAACCCUGGAGGAAGUGGUGGAGGCGCUGGUAGCCGAUAAGGUGCUGAGCGCCUCAGACAGAAAGUCCAUUCUGGAGAAGAACCGAACCAGAGUGAACAAGGCCAGCUGCCUGGUGGACCUGGUUUAUGAGAAAGGAGCUGAAGACUGCCAGAAAGUGAUCCAGCAGGUCCAACGCAUUGACCCGGCUCUGUACUCUGACCUCAAGCUCUCCCAGCAAGGAGGCGAAACCCGGAGGCGGUCAGCGGCGUCCGCGGCGCAGGGCGGCGAAACCCGGAGGCUGUCCGGCGGCCGUCAGGCGCAGGAGAGGCGAGCCACGGAGGCUGUCCGGCGGCGGGCGGCGGCGAACACAGGAGUCUCUGGGGCCGCCGCGGCGGCGAGAGCACAGGAGUCUCUGGGGCCGCACGCGGCGGCGAGAGCACAGGAGUCUCUGGGGCGCCGCAGGCGGCGAGGAGCACAGGAGUCUCUGGGGCCGCCGCAGCGGCGGCAGGACCACAGGGAGUCUCUGGGGCCGAAAGCCUACUACCCGUGCCAUCUGUCGACCUGGAGCCAGGCGGGCCGCCUGGAAUCCCAUCACCAUGGGUACGGCGGCAGAUUCGGGCUCGGGUGCGCCGGCUGGGCGGCAGAUCUGACCUCGGGUGCGCCCGGCUGGGCGGCGGCAGAUCUGACCUCGGGUCGCUGGCUGGGCGGCGGCAGAUCUGACCUCGGGUGCGCCCGGCUGGGCGGCGGCAGAUCUGACCUCGGUGCGCCCGGCUGGGCGGCGGCAGAUACUGACCUCGGUGCGCCCGGCUGGGCGGCGGCAGAUCUGACCUCGGGUGCGCCCGGCUGGGGCGGCGGCAGAUCUGACCUCGGGUGCGCCCGGCUGGGCGGCGGCAGAUCUGACCUCGGGUGCGCCCGGCAGGGCGGCGGCAGAUCUGACCUCGGGUGCGCCCGGCAGGAGCGGCGGCAGAUACGGGCUCCGGUGGCGGAAGCGAUGCUGGCGGCUCCUGCCGCGGAGGGUCUGCUGCUGGCUCUUGUGCUGGCGGAACAGGCAUCGGAUGGGGAAAACGAGGAAUCCAGUAGUCCAGCAACAGACCCAAACGAAUGGCGAAUCCAAGCCGUCGUCCCGCAGCUCCAAGUCUGCAGCAGCACAGAGUGGCUCCGGGUUCUACUGGGCCGACUGGAGGACCUACUGGUGGUUGUACUGGGAGGACAGCUCACCACUGAGAACUUCAAGAUCACGGAUCUCAGGAUGGAGGCGAAGAGUAAGAAGCAACCAGCAGGACGUCAACCCAGCAAACCGGCCACCAAGAACUCAUCAGCUUGUCCCUCCUGGUGCUGUCCUUUUCAGCGAGCAGAACUUCAUGAAUCUGAACGGAUCCAGUCACCUGGACCUCAGAGUGAAGCUAAAGCUAAAGCAGCCAAAACGGCUUCGCUCCUUCAGGGUUUUGUUCAAAAGAUCUGGACUGAAGACCAGGCAGACUUCUGGCCCUCAGUUUGUCCUCCUGGGGAUAAAAAUGCUGAGUCGAAGCUUUGGCUGAAGACGACCUUGGAAAAGUUAAACAAUAGAGAGUUGAGAUAUUUCCACUGGUUCCUGCAAACUGCAGACGGCUUUAAACCAAUCAGAAGGAGUCGCCUGCAGCAUGCUGACAGACUGGACACAGUCGACCUGAUGCUCCAGACAUAUCCCACAAAUUACCCAAAGGUCACCCAGAAGAUUAUGGAGAAGGUCAACAACCAUAGGAAACAUGAGGUUCAUAACUGGGUUCUGGACUCUCUGGACAAUCUGAAUGACAAACAGCUGAAGUACUUCCACUGGUUCCUCCAAACGGCAGAUGAGUCCAAGGACGGCUUCAAACCCAUCAAGAAGAAAGACCUGGAGGAUGCAGACAGACUGGACACAUCGGAUCUGAUGGUUCAGACGUACGCCACAAACACCAAGGAGGUCACAGAGAAGAUCCUGAAGAAAAUCAAGAACAACAAAGGCAAAGACAUACCAGAAGCUGAGGAGCAGAUGAAGCCGUCUUCUCCAGCUGAAGCAGAAAAGAAAAAAGUCUACAAGGUUCUGGAGGAGUUUGUUAAGAAAGUCCCAAAUGAAACCCUGACCCGGCUGUCAGAGGCUCUAGCAGCGGACGGUGUGUUGAAGACCUCUGAGAAGCAACAGAUCCUGGAGAAGAACCACACCAGAGGAAACAAAGCGAGCUGCCUUGCUGACACAGUGAUGGAUAAAGGAACUGCUGCCUGGAAGAAGAUGAUCCACCACCUUCAGGCUGUUGAUGCUCCACUGUCCUCCAAGCUGGGCUUGUCCUCUGGUCCAAUUGUUCAGCAAGGUGAAAGUUCACAAGAAUCCAAAACCAAACCAGUAUCAGAACCAGGACUUGUUUGUAAACCAAUCAUUCAACAACUCUUUUCUCUUAAACCUUACCAGAAACCCGUCGAUGACGAGAAGGAAGUCUGGCAGCAGAUCUGUCCUGAAGGGGACAACGAUGCUGACAUCAAACAGUGGUUGAAGGAGCAUCUGGAAGAUCUGGAUAGCAGGGAGAUGAAGUACUUCCACUGGUACCUUCACACUGCGGACAAGUCCAAGGACGGCUUCAAGCCGAUCAAGAAGUGCCGCCUGGAGCACGCAAACAGACUGGACACGGUGGACCUGAUGGUUCAGACAUACACCAACACCACCAAGAUGGUGGCACAGAAGAUCUUCAAGAAGAUGCAUAAAAACAAAGGAGAUGACUGUAAAGAUUGGCUUCUAGACACUUUGUUAGAGUUGAAUGACAAGGAGAUGAAGUACUUCCACUGGUACCUUCAAACCGCAGAAAAGUCCAAAGAUGGGUUCAAACCGAUCAAAAAGGGUCAACUGGAGGACGCAGACCGACUGGACACUGUGGACCUGAUGAUUCAGACCUAUGCCUCAAACACCAAAACGGUCACAGAGAAGAUCCUAGAGAAAAUCAAGAGCAAUAAAGAUACAGGUCUCCCUGAGGUGGAGGAGCAGAUUAAUCUAACAUCUCCAAAUGAAGAGAAAGUGCUCACCAGGAUGCUCAAUGACUUUGUGGAGAAAGUACCAAAAGAAACAUUAUCACAGCUCAUGGAAGCUCUCAUGACUGCAAACACCCUGAAGUCUUCAGAGAAGGAGACAAUCCUUCAGAACCACACCAGAGUCAACAUGGCCAGCUGCUUCGUUGACCUUGUGAUGGAGAAGGGAACCAACGCCUCCAAGGAGCUGAUAAACCGUCUUCAAACCAUCAACCCUCACCUGUCCUCUGAGCUGCGCUCACCGUCUACCCCAGGUCAAAAGUCUUUUAUACAGCUCUUCACUAGUAAGAAAACGAGGGAAAUGACGAAGGAACAGGAGGAAUGCUGGCGCCAGAUCUGCCCUCCAGGAGAUAAAGAUGCUGAUUUGAAGCAUUGGUUGAAGAAAACUCUGGAGGAUCUGAAGAACAGGGAGGUGAAGUAUUUCCACUGGUACCUGCGGAUUGCUGACGAGUCCAAAGACGGUUUCCAACCAAUCAAAAGGUACCGUCUGAAGCAUGCGGACAGACUGGACACGUUGGAUCUAUUGGUGCAGAUGUACCCUGGAAAGGUGAAAGAGGUCACAGAGAAGAUCCUGGAGAAGAUCAGAACCAACAAGGCGCAGCACUGGAUCCUGGAAAUGUUUGUGGACAUGGGGGACCAGGACCUUAAAUACUGCCAGAUGUUACUGCAGAGCGCAGACAAGCUGAAGCGCAGCUCCCUGAAAAAGGUUCCUCCAGCAGGGGGACAGGAAGUGGACGCCAUGAACCUGAUGAUGCAGAUGUACAACUCAGAGCACCGGGAGGCGCUAGAGAGAGCUCUGAAUGAAAUCCAGGAGUCUUCAGAACUGCCUGAAGAUGAAGACCAGGACAACCCAGCUUCUCCAACGGCUCUACGAGCAAAGAAAAUGAAGAGCAUGCUGCUUGACUUUAUCAAGAAAGUGUCCAAUAAAACCUUGGAGCAGGUUCUGAAGGACCUGGCAGAGGAUAAAGUGCUCACUGCCUCAGAGAGACAAUCAGUGGUGGAGAAGAACCACACCAGAGUGAACAAGGCCAGCAGCCUGGUGGAAAUCCUGAAGGAGAAAGGACCAGAAGCCUGCCAGAAGCUGAUCAGCCAUGUUGAAACAACAGAUCCUCCACUUUACGCCAAACUGGGUUCUUCCCAGAGUCCCAAUUUCCAACAAGAGCUGCUACAGAUGCUUUGCUUCAAUCUGAAGGAGGAUGAAGUCCCAGAGGAAGAGGAAGAGGAAGAAGACAAAUAAACAGGACAUGGGAUUGAUCACGUGGAGGAGCAACUGAACAUUCAACUUCCUGUUUCUAGAGCUGAUGGUUUCCUGUUUUGUCCACUGCUGUUCAGUUUUCCACAUUGGACUUCAUUAAAAACCUUUAAUUAAAA